UGUAAGUACUUUGUUUUAACAUUAUAUAAGGGUUAUAGGUGUAUUAAAUUAUAUAUUUUAUACUAGUCUUACCCAUUUUCCAGCCUCGCUUUGUACAAUAUCACGGAUAAAACUAGCCGAUCGGCUCUACUGCUUCACAAACUAUCGUUUCGGUUGCCCAUCUCCAGAAGGACAUACACCAUUUAGGUAGCGCACCGCGAAUUGCGCCCGUUUUGCCUGGAAAACCACCCCUAAAUGACCUUCGCACUAGGUAGCCAUCAUCUGGCCAUGGCAACGGCGUAAAUAUGUUAGUAUUCCAAACGACACGAUCAAGAACACACCGCAAAUGACGUCCGCAACAGAUACAGAAACCACUGCAACUUCUCUGCUGGAGCUGAAUGACGAUGUCCUGGCAUUAAUUGUCCGCCAGCUGAAUGUGUACCAGCAGUACGAGAUCGGCAGGUUGAACAGGCGCUUGGAAAGCAUAGUGCAGAUGCUCUGGAGGACCCGUGUUCGCAGUGUUGUCCUGCAGGACGAGAUGUUCCGACGAUCGGGAUCCAAUUCCCGCCAGUUUGUGGCUUUCAUCUUGGCCUUGGCUCCUCAUAUGGAGCGCCUGAGCUUCCACCACUUGGAUGUCCGGAGACUGCGGCUCCUUAGCAGUCACACCCUCGAGGGGAUCCACUCCGUGGAGUGGCUGGGCGAUGGAAAUCGAAGAGGACGCGUUCGAUUCGUAGACGAGGAUGUGCGAUUGCUGCGGCGCGUUUUCCCCCAUUUAAGGAGACUAAAACUCAGGAGCUGUCAGAUUACUGGGAAGUACUUGUGCGACCUGGAACACCUUAGUGAACUCUGCCUGGAUGACUGCCAAUACCUGGAAUCCCAGCACUUCAGGGAUAUCUUCCGGCAGCUGAAACUUCGCAAAUUUGAUAUCAUGGAGGAUUGCGAUGAGGUGAACUGCUGUGAUCUCGCGGACCUGCAGCUGUGUCCCACAUUAGAGCACAUAAAGAUAGCUGAUUACCACCUGUGCAUGGAGUCGGAUAUUACCCAACAACUUCUACGAUUGCCUUGCCUGCAGAAGCUGUCGAUAUACUCCAAGAACUUCGUCUUCGAUGUGCUGUCUCGGAUAGCUCGACCCAGUAGUCCUCCCGGAGCAGUCAAACUUAUAGAGGCAUUUCGCUUCAGCGGGAUACUGCAUGAUUACGGGAGAUUCUUUAGGGAGCUGGGAAACCUUAGACAGCUGACGCGAUUGGAGCUGCAUGGCCAGGCUGAGGAGGAGGAGGGCGGUAGGCUGCAAUGCCUGCAGGAUCAGAUUCUGCGACAACUGGCCAAUCAACUGCGGAAUUUGACAGACCUACAUUUGUGUGGCUAUCAACUGGAGAGUCCUUUGGGCCUGCUGGAAUUCGUGAUCAAUUGUAGGCAGCUGAGAAUGCUGGACAUAACACGAUCUAAGUGCCACGGAGAGUCCUUCGUCUGGAGCUGCAUUGCUGUGUUGGCCAAACAAAGGUGGCGCACACAACCACUGGAGCUGUGGAUCCGGCAUAGCGACAUAAAUCCGGAGAUAGUUCACAGUCCGCGCUGCCUGGACAAUAUAAAGCUUAUAAAGAUUGAUACGAAGCAGAUAGGACCCAAUAUGGACUAUUCUUCGGGCGUGCUUAAGUUCAGCUUUGUGCGGUGAUGAACUACCAAAUAAGUGAUACCUAUCGACCUAUAAAUGGUGAAAGACUGAAGAAUCUGCUGUUUACCGCGCAUCGCUGAACUGAUCAAAGCCCAACCGCUUAAAGUCAAUUAUAAAGUUUUAAACUGAAAUCUAAUUAAGUCUAUUUCCAUUUAUCAAAUGCCAUCCAAAUAAAACAAUGAAAAUUGAA